AUGGACUCCCUGGCGUUCGACAGCUACACCUCCUACUCCGACUCCUCCGCUCCCCGCACUCCCUCUCCUCGCACUUCCAUCGCGUCCGACGACAUGCAGUCCUUCCCCUCCCCACCCAACUACAAGCAUCCUCUAGAUGUCCAUAUACACCGCAAUAUCUUCGACCACAGCGACGAGCACGGCAUCGCUCCCGAGACCCACACUCUCGAGGCCGCGCAUAUGUGGUCAUCUCCUUACCCGGGUUCGUACGCUGCACCCGGCUCGCGAGGUUCGUUGCUCGAGGAGCUCUAUGAACCCGGCAUUCCGGACGAUUCCCUCCAGAACGAUGUGUACCACCACCAGUCUUCUGAUCCCACUUUGCAUGGGACCAACUGGUAUCAUCUUACGCAGGCUCACCCAAUGUCUUCCAUGCGCCACGCCCACGACGUUGCCAUGACCCGCCGCGCGACCUUCCCAUACGUCCGACAGGACCGUGGCGAGUCCUUCUACACGCCCUCUCCUCCGUUCGGCGGCAGCGAUCACGAUUCUAUUACUAGUAGCCCUUACGGCUCGCGUCCUGGCACCGUCUACAGCGAGCCGCUCUCUAUCCACGGGUCUCCGAACCUUGGCAUGUCGGAAUCUCUCCACGCGCACCAACUUGACGAGCCCUUUGCCCAUACAGUCUCCAUGACGAACUCUCCCCAUCCCCACUUCCACGAUUACCAUCUAGACGGCAUUAAAACUGAGGAGGCUGCGCCCGUUAUCGUCCCUUCCCAGACCGCUUACUGCCGGCCAACGUCAGCGGGCAUGCUUCCUCUUCCUUGCUUAUCACCGCACGCAGGCCUUCUUGUGCAGCACACAGAUGAUGCGGCUUCGAAGGAGACGCAGUAUCUCCGCAGGCGGUGUUUUAACUGCCACACGACAGAGCCCCCCAGUUGGCGCCGGUCGACGCUCAACCCGGGCAAGAUCGUCUGCAACAAGUGCGGUCUCUACGAGCGCACUCACUUGCGACCGCGGCCGUUGCGCUUCGACGAGCUCCGGGCAGGGCACAAGUCGAGGAAGCCGCCAAAAGUAGCAGGCAGCCCAAAACAGGGUAAAAUGACCCACAUGGUGAAGAAGGAGCCCCGCGAAGGCGAGAUGGAGGGCAUGAUUCCCCGGCGGUCGUCUGUAUCAUCGCUUUCUUCGUCAGUGUCUGGCGGUACGUCGAGUGACUGGGACGACAAUGUCUCCGUGUACUCGUCUGGCUCCGCGCCUCCUUCGUCGAUGGGCUCGCCGGUGCCAUCGGGAUUCUCCAUGUCGCGCGACUGCAACUCGCAAUCGCCUCCGCUUCCGCGUGAUGGUGGAAUCCGGCUGCCGAACGCACCGCUCUCUGAUAUCGCAUCUCUUCAGUCGCAUCAGCCGCUGCACCCUCUGUCCUCCCCCCGCAAGUCAGCCACCGCGCCCAUGCCCUACAUUCAGUCGCAGGUGCAGUCGGAUUUCUACACGCGCCGCGGAUCUUUGCCGCCUCCGUUUGACCUGCAGCGGAGCUCGAUCCCGGAAGUCACGGGCUGGCAGAGCGUCCCUCUCGCGGACCUGGCACCUGCCAAAUCCAUGAAGCCGCGCAAGGCCGUGAUUGCGUAG